GACUUCCUUAACCCUAAUUGUGAUUUGCAAAAAUUUAUUCCAGCCGGAGAAGACUGGUAAAAGUUGAAAAUAAGUAAUUUUGUUAAGGAGAAAUAGAACAAAGAUAUCUAAAAAAUGGCACAACCCACAGUUAAUGUAGCUGGCUACUUGGCAAAUCAAAAGAAAACCACCAACAAAGAAUUAGCAGCGGAAUGGGCUGCCUUGGAAGACUUGUACAAUGAAAAAUUAUGGAAUGAAUUAACAAUAAAAUUAAAUAAGUUUGUUCGUCAUGCCUCCAUGCAAGAUGAGGAAGCCCUAUUGCAGUUGUAUCAGAAUUUUCUACAAUCAUUUGAAAUGAAGAUCAAUCCCUAUGGUCUUGUGGAGAUUGUUGAGGUUAUUGUUGAACAUAUUACCGACAAAAAGGAGGCCAUUGAAUUUUUAAAUAAAAUCAAGGAUAAGGUUAAGAUUUGCGAUGAAGCUGUCUGGUAUACUCAAGUCAUACAAGGUAACAUUUAUUUGUCUCAACUGAACGAUUUAGAUGCCUGCAAGAAAAUUAUCGAAGAAUUACGCGACACCUUGGAAGAUGUGGGCAAUGUAACACCUGUCCAUGGAAAAUAUUAUAUGUUGGCUUCAGAUUACUAUCGUCGUGUGGGUAAACACAGUGAUUACUAUCGUUGUGGUCUACAAUUCUUGGGUUGUUCCAUUGAUAAUUAUCCCAAAGAUCAAUGGGCCCAACAGGCUUUUUGCUUGGGUCUGGCUGCCCUUUUGGGUGAGGGUAUUUACAAUAUUGGCGAAUUGCUUGCCCAUCCCAUUUUAACUGCUUUGAAGGGAACCGAGAACGAAUGGUUGGUGGAAUUACUGAGCGCAUUUAACACUGGCGAUAUUAAAAAAUUCAAUGAUAUGAAGCCCACAUGGUCAAAAAUUCCCGACUUACUUGCCCACGAAAUUAAAUUGCGUCAAAAAAUCUCCCUGCUUUGCUUGAUGGAAAUGACAUUCAAGCGUUCUGCCACUCAACGCUCUAUAACAUUUGAAGAUAUCGCCGAGGAAACCCAACUUCCUUUGAAAGAAGUUGAAUUGUUGAUUAUGAAAGCAUUGGCCUUGGAUUUGGUUAAAGGUGAAAUUGAUCAAGUUGCUGGCGUUGUGAAUAUGUCUUGGGUUCUACCUCGAGUCUUGGACCGCAAACAAAUUGCCAGUAUGGCUACCACAUUGGAUAACUGGAUGACAAGCAUUACAUCAAUGGAAAAACUCAUGGAAACACGUGCCGCUGAAAUUCUCACCAACUAGUAAUUGUGGAAAUAAAGUUUCUUAGAGCACAGUUCAUGAAACAUAAGUAUCACAUACAAAUUUUGAAUGGCAUUAAUUGAAUUCAAUAAUCGAUAGAGAUCAUGCACAAAAUAUUUUUUUU